GUCAGUGCUCUUUAGGACCUCAGGGAAACCGGAGCGUUUCUGGCUUUAGGACCCAGGAACUCUGAGGCAGCCUGGCUUUAGAUGUCUUGGACCACAGCACCACCUACUUAUAGAAGCAUCCCGAGCCUUAGCUUCUGUGCAUCUCCAUCGGAAAGUGCGCUGGCCACAUCCCUUCGGCCUCCCGGGCAGUGUUCUGUCUCCCCUAGCUCAAGCAGCGAGAAACUUCAGCUGUGAAGUGGUGGUGGAGAGAGCACUGGGAGCAGCGACUGGACCCGGACGCCAAGAGAAGAGCGGACUCGCCCCUCGCCUGGAAUCGCUCUCGCAGGCGGAGACCCAGCAUCCCAGCGCUUGCGGUUGUGCUUGCCCGGCCGCGCGCUUUUGCUACGCGCCGCUAGCCCCGAAGACCCUUGGGGUCCGGGGACCCUUCUGCAGCCGGCGGAUUCCCAAAGCUGCCAAGAGCUCCCGGCGGGUGUCCGCAAACUUUUUCCGAGCCCACGUGCUGACCAAACAGCCCGGCUCGCUUCCCGAGCCUGGGAUGGAGCGCCGCGCCUAGGCACGCCGUGCAGCCCGAGACAGGAGCGCACGGUAGGCGAUCCACACCUGGUGCCGCGGCUCUGGGAUAGCCCAUCUGGGGAGCGAAGGGCGUCAGAACGCCCCUUUCAAGCCCUGCGCGCGGCUGCUUCUAGAGCUCCUUCCCUUCCGCAGAGCUCGCACAACGCCCUUUCCCCAGGGUCAGAAGCCACUGCUCGGCAGAGGUUGCUAAUUCACUGAUUGUAAUCACCUUCCUCUCCAAGUCGCCGGCAGCUGUGUCAUCUGCGUUAAACUGCUGCGUGGGUCGUGCCAGUGAGUUCGCGUCCUCCCUCCCUCCUUUCUUUAAACCAAGAGGCGCGAAGGUGCAGGUACCUCCUCCGGGUUCUCUCGGUCCUCCACCCACCCAGCUUCUCUUUUCCUCAUCUCCCAGGUUCACCGCGGAGGGAGAGAUGCCCAUCGAGCCAAAUUGACCAUUGCAGCCCCUGGGCGGUGGCAUUUGUCUCUGAGUCCUCCCUAGGAGCGCGACCCGCACUGUCUCCUUGCAGGAGCCCAGCAUUUCCUCGACUUUUGAGAGGUGUCUCUCCCCAGCCCGACCGUCCAGAUGCGUUUUUGCCUCUUCUCAUUUGCGCUCAUCAUUCUGAACUGUAUGGAUUACAGCCAGUGCCAAGGCAACCGAUGGAGACGCAAUAAGCGAGGUGGGUCGCGCUCGCCUGAAGCUAGUUAUGUAUCAAAUCCCAUUUGCAAGGGUUGUUUGUCUUGUUCGAAGGACAAUGGGUGCAGCCGAUGUCAGCAGAAGUUGUUCUUUUUCCUUCGGAGAGAAGGGAUGCGCCAGUAUGGAGAGUGUCUGCAUUCCUGCCCAUCAGGGUACUAUGGACACCGAGCCCCAGAUAUGAACAGAUGUGCAAGAUGCAGAAUAGAAAACUGUGAUUCUUGCUUUAGCAAAGACUUUUGUACCAAGUGCAAAGCAGGCUUUUAUUUGCACAGAGGCCGCUGCUUUGAUGAAUGUCCGGAUGGUUUUGCACCAUUAGAUGAGACCAUGGAGUGUGUAGAAGGUUGUGAAGUUGGUCAUUGGAGCGAAUGGGGAACGUGUAGCAGAAACAACCGCACGUGUGGAUUUAAAUGGGGUCUGGAAACCAGAACACGGCAGAUUGUUAAAAAGCCAGCGAAAGACACAAUACCAUGUCCAACCAUUGCAGAAUCCAGGAGAUGCAAGAUGGCCAUGCGGCACUGUCCAGGAGGGAAGAGAACACCAAAGGCCAAAGAGAAGAGAAACAAGAAGAGACGGAAGCUGAUCGAGAGAGCCCAAGAACAGCACAGCGUCUUCCUUGCUACAGACAGAGUGAAUCAAUAAAAUACAAGAAAUAGCUAGGGCAUUUGGAGGCUUUCUGUUUUGUUUUGUUGUUGUUUUGCAAAAGUGCACAAAGCUACUCUCCGAUCCGCACUGGUGGACAGCAUUCCUGAUCCUCCGACCGGUAUCCAUUUCCAGUAAUGUUGCAAAGGGAGGUGCCCGAGCACAGACUCGGGGUUAUUUAUGUUUUGAUUAGAAUUUGGAGCCUGUGAUGGCAGGAGCUUGUUGAGCUGAAUCAGUGGGAGCUGAUGCGUCUGUACUCUUCUGAUGAGCACAGUUUGUCAUAAGACCCUGUUGCUGGCAUGGCGGACCUGCAGGAGGCACAAGGCUGUAGAUCGCCAUUGGAGAAUGCACCUGUGCCUACUCCUGUGGAUGACAGUGCUAAGCGGGCAAGCACUGUUCACUUGUGACUUUUAUAUCCCACACCGUGCAUUGUCAAAGACAAAUGAGCGUGGAAAAAGUGUUUAGUGUCACGUCACAGUGUUCUCAGCAUCAGUGAUCUUCAGAUGGUCCUACGAUGAGACUGCUUCCUAGCUAGGGUAUGCCGUGGAAAUUCCUGCUACAUUUCAUCCUAGUGCUAACAUGUACAGAUUCUGCUGAGCUACAUCCGAAGCUCCUUACUGUAUAUGUAUGCUUUCUGCGUGAAACAAGUUAUACCUGAUUGCUAAGAUGUCACUUUGUUUCUAGUGGUUCUUAACCAUGGUCUGGUACAUGGCUGUUCUAGUCUUGAAAAUUGACAAGUGUUUUGUUGCCUCUUGUUUUCUUUCGUUCCUAUUAUUUUGGAGGGGGUGGGGCGGGCUUGUUUCUAAUUGUAAGUAUAGGAUAAGCUAGUUUGUAUAUAGAGUCAAAUGAGUGAUGUCAGAGUUUCAGUGCUGAUAGAACUUCCCCAGCUCAUGUCACCACACACAGAGAGAAAAAGCAGCAUGCAGCAUCUGGCCAUCAGAAGCCAAACUCCUUUUGAGUCCAAAAAUUGGUGACUUAUGAAAUACAGCUGAAAAGAAGAAGAUUUAUGUGCAGUUGCUUGUAUUUAUUACACAAUCAAUUUUCCAAUUACAUUUUUUUUUUCAAACUCAAAAUAAUCCAUGACUUUGAACAGUAAGUCACCUGGCCAUAUUCUUGGGUCACUGGGGAAGCUGCUGUCAUGAAACCACUCAGAAAAUGAAAGAGAAAAUAGGGAUUCCCCCAAGUGAGAGCCACAGCUUACAUUUCUCAGUUGAGUCGAGAUCAACUACAUUAGAACCGAGAACAUGAUGGAUGCUUUCCAGUUGACUCACAUGGUCAUGGCUUCAGAAAUAUCUCUGUCCCCUAGGCUCAGUUGGUCCUUAGACCUAUGAAUUGGCAAGUUCUAAAUGCAUUAUUCUCCUGGACGAUCAAGGAGAAAAUUAGAACAAAGUAAGUUGUAUCGUUUUGAGAAAACAUCCAAAGCAAGACAAAGCCUUUCCUUGCCUUGCCUUGGCAAAACUACCUCUUUAGCAUUCUGUUGAUUCAGAAACAUCUUGCUGUUAUGUAUAGAUGUCUUAAGCUUCAUUAUGAAAAUACUGAUGCAAGAUAAGCCAUAUCUGAAUGUUGAAUUCAACUUUAGGGCUUGAACGUAAUCCUAAAGUGUUCACCUCUCUCUCUCUCUCAAUGCCUACUUACAUUCUAUUCCUAUUUACUAAGUGGGUAGGGGUCUCCUUAAUAUCAUACUUCAUUGUUAAUAAGUCAAUGCUUGUUAUGUUUCUGGGCUGUUUUGUGCAUUAAAAUCUCAAAAAUUGUU